CCUUUCUUUAAUUUCUUGUUUCUGUGAAAACCUGCUAGCGAUUCACGAUAUAAAUUUCUUCUAUUAGGGUUUGGGUUUUAGUUCGAUGAAGGCUGUAGGAGUUAGGGUUCCUGUCAAUUCCUGCCUGAAUCCAUCCUUCGACUGUUCCUUGCUUUCUCCGGAUUCGCCACAAUGAGUGCUGUUAACAUCACGAACGUUACGGUUUUAGAUAAUCCGGCGCCCUUCUCCUCCUCUUUCCAGUUUGAGAUCUCCUACGAAUGCUUGACCCCUCUCAAAGACGAUUUGGAAUGGAAACUUAUCUAUGUGGGAUCUGCUGAGGAUGAGACAUAUGAUCAGCUUCUAGAGAGUGUGCUUGUUGGUCCUGUCAAUGUUGGCAAUUAUCGUUUUGUGUUUCAGGCAGACCCACCAGACCCAUCAAAGAUCCGUGAAGAAGAUAUUAUUGGUGUGACAGUGCUUUUGUUGACCUGCUCUUAUCUUGGUCAGGAGUUUAUUCGAGUGGGAUACUAUGUGAACAACGAUUAUGAUGAUGAGCAGUUAAGAGAAGAACCGCCUCCAAAGCUUUUGAUUGACAAGGUUCAAAGGAACAUUUUAACCGACAAGCCUAGGGUGACAAAAUUUCCCAUAAAUUUCCAUCCUGAAAAUAAUGAAACUGCAGACAAACCCCAACCAGAUCAACCAGCUGAAAAUGAUGGUGAUGGAGAACAACCACGCACUUCACCUGAUCAAACCUCAGACAAGGAUGAACCUUAGUUUUUGCAGUAGCAGGUUUCUUGUUCAUGGUACAUGGCAUGAUAGGUUCGUGAUGUUUGCCACAAUUUUAGAUGACCUUAUCCACAGCAUUAGUUGGCUUCACAAUCAUCUAACAUAGAAAUUUUAGAAAUUGAUGCAUGCUGUAAGUGGAUUGACCUGACCGGUGGUUAUAGCACCAAUUAAACUCAUUACCUUUUUGUGCAUUUAGAAUUUUGGUUUGUGUAAUGAUGUCAGGAGGCGGUUCUUUUGUUAGCUCUAGCAAUUUUGUGCUUGAAACUGAAAAACUUGUAUUUAAAAGUUGAAACUGAUUGAAAUGUCAUGUGAAUUUUGUUGCA